AUGAUAAAUCUAUUCCCUAAAAUAUAGGAUAAUUAAUACAAUCGAUAAUCUUGGGGAGGAUUACUAUUUAUUGUAACAAUCAUUAGUAUAAUUAUUUUGAUAUGGGCUGAAAUUACUAAUGCUUUAUAAGGAACAAUAUAAUUGCAAGUAGAUUCAGCAAUAGAUUCUAGGAUUAGAGUAAAUUUGGAUGCAACAAUCUAAGCACCAUGUUAAGCAUUAACCUUAAAUAUUUAAGAUAUGAUGGGCUCUUAUUUAUAAGAUGUAUAACAUACUAUAAUUAAAACACGUAUAAUUAAUGAAAAUUUACAAUAUGUUUAAGAAAAUUAAAAUGUUAAUUUUACAUCAUGUUAUGGUGCUGAACUGUUGAUAGAUUAAAAAUGUUAUAGUUGUUAAGAUGUAAUGAUGGCAUUUGCAUAAAGAAGAUGGAGAUAACCAAAUUUUGAAAGUAUUAUUUAAUGUGUUGGAUAACCUACAAUUUAAUUUGAUGAUUCAGAAUUAAAAUAAUUCAUUGAAGCUGAUCUUAAUCAUUCCAAAGAACUUUUAAUAACUAAAAAUGAAUUGAUCAAUGUUACAGCUACUGAACUAUUCAAAUAAUCAAUUGAAGUUGAUGAUGAUGAAGAAGAUGCUACCGAAUAAAUUAUGACUUAAGAAUAGAGAGAUAAAUUUAAAAAAGCAUUAGGUUAACUCUCAGAAAUAAGUUACAAUCCUAUGCAAUGGGAUGACUAAAGAUUAAAAUAAGAAAAGGGUAAAUAGAUAGACUAAUUAAUUGGAAUGCUUAAUAUAUCUUUAGAUCAUAUUGGAGGUACUUUAGCUAGUCAAUUAAGAUUUUCCGAUAGAGAAAGAGUGUUACCAUUUAAAAAUCUCACAAAAAAUGUUUCGCUUUUGACUGAAAUUUACAGAUAAAAAUGUGAAACAACUUUAAAAAUAUUCAUAAAUGCUAGUUAUAAUGAUGAAUCUGUAAUAGAACAUUUUGAACUUGAUAUGUCUAAGGAUUAAUGUUCAAUUCCAUUUUAUUACUCUACUUAAGAUGAAACUAUGACUAUAUAAGUAUAAAAUCAUGAAAUUUAAUGGAAUAUUAAUACUUCUGUAAUGAUGAACCAAUUUGUUUUCUAUAUUGAAAAACUAUUAGUUAUCAAUGAAGAAUAUAAUUAUAAUUAUUAACCGAAUUCAAUGCUAGAUAGAGCAUAUAAUUAAUUUAGAAUUAGUGUUUAUGUUCAUGUAAAAUAAAUUAAGAAUCCACUUAAUAACAAUAAACGAUUGUUAUUUAGUGAAUCAUUCUAAGUUGAAUAACCAUCCCAAUCCUAUAUCGAAGUUUCUGAUAUUGAAGAACAUAUUGAUGAAGCAUGUAGAUUUUUUGGAUAUUUCUAUAUAAAGAAAGUUCCUGGUAUAUUUGCAAUUCAAUCUAAUAAACCAGCAAUGGAAUUAAUUAAUAAAACCUUCCAAGGUAAUCAUACCUUCUAAUUAUCAUUUGGCAAUUAGCCAAUAACUCAAAGAGUAACUGAAAGUCAAUUCUCUUCAAAAUAUUAUUUAAAAUUAGUUACUACAAAUAGUAUUGAUAUUUGGAAUAAUUAAAAUGUCUUUUAUACCUUUACUUAACAAAGAUCCCUUUAUAAUGCUACCAUUACACCUUUCAUUGAAUUCCAAUAUGAAUUUGAUCCUAUUUCUAUGACUAUUCAAUCUACCUCUAUAACAAAUUAUUUAGUUAUUGUAUUUGCUGUUAUUGGAGGUGUUUUUGCUGUUAGUAAAUAUAUUGCUGGCAUCUUGAAUAUGUUGAUAUGA